AGAGACGUUCCUGUGAUGGCGUUUGGUGAAAUAUCUCCACGCCAGUUAGCAAGUGAGGACGUGAGGAAGGGCAAGAUUGUCUUCAACGGGAAGCCAGGAUCAGAAAGACUGUGGGGCCUCGUGAAGACGUCGCUGCAAUGUGGACCAAGACAGAUGGAAUUGAAAGUGGUGGGACGUGGAGCUGCAGACUUGGCCCUGGACCUGGGCGCUGGACCACCCCAACUUUUGAGCAAGGCACUGGAGUCUUGUGGCUAUUUGCUGCGUCGAAAUGCGUUUGGCCUUGUGUUGGUAGUUCCCUAUGAUGGCUGCCACGUGGUACAGGAGAAUGGCUAUUAUGUGUUGCCGAUGAUCUACAUGCAGACUAAAAUCAAACUUACCUGCCCAACAUCUGCUUUGACUGCCGGGCACCCCAGCCCUUUACCAAUUACCAGGAACACAUACCGGUCCAAGCGGCAGGCCUAUGACCCUUACCAGCAGUAUUAUUUGUAUUACCUCUACUACAUGAAUAUGAUGGCGAAUAAUCCCCAGACCAAAGUUCCUCCCCAACCAAUUUACAAUCCUAUCUAUCAUCAGUUUGGCUACAAUCCUUCUAAGCCCACCACUCUUCCCUCAUCCGACUCCUUUAACUAUCCCCGCUAUAUUUACCCUCAACAAUACCCAUAUUGCUACAUACCUGGUGUACUUUGUCCUUAUUUUCCUCAUUACUCGGGACUAAAGCAACCAAUGGAACCUACCCAAGCUCCAACUACAUCUAGAGGCUACCCUGUAAGCACCACAACUAAAAGGAUGUGCAAGCCGAGUACCAGCACAACUACACCAGCCAGAUGCAAGCCCACCACUACAAGUACUAAAGCACCACUCAGCACCGGUACAACUCCAUCCAGAUGCAAACUCACGACUACUACCAGAACUGAUGCAGCCAAACCGUGUAAGCCCAAAACCACCACACCGAAUAAACUCUUCACACCAUACGCCCAGGACCCUUUUGCACCAGAGAUUUUAUCCAGCAGCAAAAGUCAAAUUCCCAGCGAUCCUAAAAGUGUCCCUUACGGUAGCUACAAAUCUGCUCCACUACCAAACUACCAGUACUGGUUUGCUGAGGCGGUGGAUCAAGAUCCUCACUUUGACUGGGAUGGUCUAGAACCUUAGCAACAUCACUAAGUUUUCACGUUCCAUAUUAUUUUUCUCUUCUCCUGUAAAAAAUCUUUGAUUUUCUCUUUUUCAGGGAUUGUGAUCCUGAUGGCAUUCAAUAAAUGUUUUGACAAGUUGGUCUGAA